UGAGCAGAGUUUCAGCCACAACAGCGAUCAGCUAGUCGAAGCUACAACAGUGCCGCUUGUGUUACGUUUCCGGCUUGGUUAAAAGCCUGUUUUACCUUUUUUUCUUGUAUAUAAUUAUUGGAUUUUGGCCUCGUUCUUCUUUUUCGGAACCGGACUUUAUUUGGAGCGCUUGGUCGAGAUGAGGUCACUACCUGUCUUGAGCCUCCUCUUGUCGCUACUCAAAGCGUCCAUGGGUCUUCAGGUCACCGUUCCUCAGACCCAACGCAGCACCUUCUUGUUUUCCUCAGUGACCCUCCGUUGUGACUACUCCACCUCUGCGCCAAUACAGAAUGUUGUGCUCACUUGGACGUACAAGUCCUUCUGCCUGGACCCUGUGCUAAGUUACUACUCCACAGCAUACCAGUCCGAACUGCAGAUGGGAAGGGAUCCAGCCAACGACUGUAGCGAUAGUCAGCGGACAGUGCGCGUUGUUAUUCAGAAACAAGGAACCAAUGCACCAAUACUGGGAGCAGACUACUCCCAACGGAAGAUCACCAUCCAGAACAAUGCUGACCUGGUUAUCAGUGAGGUGAUGUGGUGGGAUAAUGGCGUGUACUACUGCACUGUCAGUGCCUAUGGAGACACGUCUGGAAACCCUCAGCAAUAUGUAGAACUCAUCGUUUACAACUGGUUAACGGUGCUACUCAUCAUCAUCGGGGCCAUCCUUCUUCUAAUCUUGUUUGGCAUCUGCUGCUGCCAGUGCUGUCCUCAGUGCUGCUGCUGCUACGUCCGCUGCCCCUGCUGCCCAGAAAAAUGCUGCUGUCCUGAAAGAGCGGUGAUGCAGCAUCGUAUGAUGAAGGACGCCCAGAAGGCCAUGGCUCCCUGGUUAGGAGGACAGCCAGUAUACGCACCAAUGAGCAAUAUCUCCUCCCAGAACCCAUCUCUCUACUCAGGGAAGAAUCUCCCUCUUCAGCCAAUGCCUCUGCCUCCGCCUCAUUACUCUGCUUACAAUAUGCCACCUCCUAGUGUCCAUGGCAGCCAGACACCUGCUAGCACUAAUAAAAUGCUAGAUUACCUUGAGAACCAGGUAAAGGGGAUAGACAUGACUAGUCCUAUGUUGCCUCUCCAGGCUCAGCCACCUUCAGCCCAUUACAUGCAGCAGCCCCCACCUCCAGCUCAUUAUAUGCAGCAGCCCCCACCUACUGUCAACUACAUGCCUACCAAUGUCCCAUUUUCCGCAGGCCCUCCCAGCAUGAUCUCUGCCCUUGAUGAGGCUCCGACAGAGCGGCGCGUUAUUACGCUUCCACCAAUUAGGGAGCAACAUCAGGGCAGAUAUCCACCCCAAGCACCUAAGACUCGCCCUCCGAGUUCCAGCGGGAGCAGCCGCAAUGGGUUUGGCUACCGUGAUGAGCGAGGAGCAUCAAGCAGGCGUUACCCUCCUAGACAAAUGUCCCGCAGUUACAGCCAAGAAUCCCUGGACAGGAACAGUCACAGCGGCCUACGGGAAGGUAUGGCCCGUCCACGCUCUCGUUCGAGGGAUGACCUGUUGGAAAACCGGUCCAGAGCAAACUACUCUGUCUCAAGGCGAGGAUCCUGGAGUUCGGAUGACGAGGGAGGCAGCAGAAGAGGCGAGAGGAGGGGAGCAGGAGGCUGGAGUAAUAAGGCUCCCAGUUUCGUUGAGUAUGAGCCUGAACAUAAACCAGGAGCCAGAAAGAAUCCACGCUCCUCUGACAAGAGUUCUCGCAGUGGUACCAGUGUUGUCAUCUAACCCCCCCGUCAGUGAAACGCUGUGACCUUUGUUUCAGAGAACAUGCACACCUCAUUACCUACCAAAACCCAGGGGGCAGGCCAAUGAGUGCCAUGUUUUGAGUUUUUGAACUGGAUCUGUCCAAACCUAGCAGAAGGAUUUUUAGAAUGAAGGUACUACACGUCAUUUUUCUUUUUAGAUAUUUUUUAGAGAAUGAAAGCAGUUUAACUGUAACUGGGUAAAGUGUUUUAUUGAUGAAACCUUUUUCUAGUUAAUCAGUGCAAUAAAAAUAUUGUAAGGAGACUAUCUACAAGAUUGUAGGUAUUUAUAACUGUUUUUUUUUCUGUUACUCUGUUUUAUUGGUUAAGCUGUAAACUUAUCCCUAUUAAAUGCUGAAGAUAUAGUAUGGUAUCCAGACACAUUACAACUGAUAGAAGUAAACUAUUUAAACAAACAUAAAAAUACAGUAGUCAUAACAAAAUUGUAAAUAUAAAGUUGUUUAUGAUUGAAUCAUCAUUGUUAUUUUAUCACAUGUCCUUGAUGUCUUGCAGUAUUUAGUGUGUACUGCUUUGUAGAUGAUUUGGUUUGUACAUAAACACUGCUUGUAAAUACUGUAUACAUUUUGAGGGAAAUUAAAUGAAAAAUAAUUGUGCCAUUUGUUGUUUUGUUGUGCAAAUAACUGCAAUACUAUAAUUUCAGUGCACAAUUUGGGAAAAAUACAUGGUUUAUUAUUUUCAGUUUUUUAGUGUAGAUUUUGCUACUGUACAAUUGGUUUGUGUUUUCUAAUUAUGUUGAUAUUAAAUGUUUUACCUCUUGUGUAUAACA